GUGGGGUUGACGUCGAGAUUGGUGGGGAGGCUGUAUCUCGGAAAAAGACAACGGGGAAGGGCAAAGGGAAGGGGAAAGCCAAGAUGAUGGACGAGGAUGCAGCUCUGCUCGCGGGAUUGCAGAUGCAGGAGGCUGGAUCUUCCGCACAUGGGCACGGAAUGGAGCUGGAUCCGAACGUUCACGAUCACGGUCACGAUCACGAUCCGAGCGGGCUGGGAGGGAUGAUGGGCGUAGGCGGAGUGAAUGACGAGGAUGCUUUUGGAGCGCUGGAUUCGACGACCUUGGCAGAGAUGGGUCGGGGGAUGCAAGAAGCGUUGCAUGGGCAUGGGAAUGGCGAUGAGAGAGAUCGGCUCGAUGAGCAAGAGGAUGAGCAGGAGGGGUACAACCAUUAUCCUCAACACCACCUACAGCAGCAUCAGCAUCAGCAUCAGCAAGACGGACGUCAGACGCCUUCUUCGCACGAUCAGCAGCAGUACUCGUCACAUCCACAUUCACAUCAGCACCCAGCCUAUCCAGAUACAUUAGAAACGGAUCCGAAUAACCUCGAUCCGGUGUUCCAGACGUCGGCCCCGUCACUGUCGUCUGCCUCAGUGGCAGGGACGGGUUUCGGAGUACAUCGGGGUAAUGGCGGGACGGAAAACGUCAGCGAUUUGAGAACAAGACGUGGGGUCGAGGGAGACGAUCAGACGCGUCAUCAUGAUCCGCAUUCGUAUGACGAACAUCAAGACCCAGAACAUCGGGAUCCACACGCGCACGAGCAUGACGACCCGGACGACCGUGCCGAGGUUGGACAUCAUCAGCCGGAGGAAGUCGGGGAAGAAGGGAGCGAGCAGCUGGAGAUGAGUCUGAAUGGGGCUAUGGAUGCUGCGGCGGCUGCGGCGGCGGUCGUAGGGAUGGGCGUGGGUGUGGAGGGGGAGAUGAUGGACAUCGGCAUGGGUAUGGAUAUGGGGUACAUGGGCGAUGACCAGGAGCAAGAAGGCGCCACCGGUGCAGGCGAUGACAAUGAGGGUGGAGAUCGAACGGUGGAAGGUGGAGAGGAGAUGGAAGCGUACGAUGGCACUGGGAUGGAACAACCGAGUGCGGAACAGCAGGAGGAAGACAAGAUCGAGGGGUGGAGUUGAUUCGCCUCGAUUAGCGCGGGUUUCGAGGGGGUCGAGCGCGCUAGAUUGAAAGUUAUUUAAUUCGUUGUACCUCAUAUAACAGACUAGCAUAGUCUUAAUCAAACGGAUGCAGAAGGGGAACUGUUCCUGGAUCCUAUAUGACGAUUCUUGUACGCGUUU